CUGCAGACCCGGAAGCGGGUUUCGUGGAGCCGAGGCCAGUCUGUGGAGUGAUUGAAUUCUCAAGGCUGAUCUUGUCUGAGAGAGCAGCAGCGUGGACGAGGAGGAAGAGGAAAGGAAGGAGUCUGGAAUGGCUGGCUGUCAGGGAUGGUUGACCUUCAGGGAUGUGGCCAUCGAAUUCUCUCGGGAGGAGUGGGAAUGCCUGGACCCUACCCAGAGGGCCUUGUACAGGGACGUGAUGGUGGAGAACUACUGGAACCUGGUCUCCCUGGCCAUCUCUCCCAAAUGUAUGAUCCAGGAAUUACCACCCAAAGAGAACAGUAAUACAGGGGAACUAUCGCAGACAGUUAAAUUGGAAAGACAUAAAAGCUGUGACACUGAGGAUUAUGCCUUUAGAGCAGUCCAGAAAAAUAUUCAUGACUUUGAGCAUCAGUGGAGAGACGGUGAAAGAAAUUACAAAGCCAUGCUUGUGACCCUUAACAAAAAUCUCAUCGGUGGAAAGGAUCUCUAUGGUAGAAGAGAUGCAGGAAAUAAGCCAACUGAAACCAGGUUUGGACUAAGCUUUCAGUCACAUCUGGCUGGAGUGCAGAUACUUCAGACCAAAGGGAAAAUUUUUGAAUGUUACCAAGUUGAGAAUUCUGUCAACAAUGGUUCUUCAGUUUCACUGCGUCCCAGGAUUCUUCCUAGUGUCCACACCAACAUUUCUAAUGAACACGGGCAUGAUAUCUUGCAUUCUUCAUUACUCACACAAGACCAGAAAGCACACAUUAGGGAAGAACCUUACAAACGUGAUGAAUGUGACAAAGCAGUUAAUCCCAGUUCACACCUCACUAGACAUCAGAUCAUCCGUCCAGGAGAGAAACCAUAUAAAUGUGACGUAUGUGGGAAGGUCUUCAGUCACAACUCCCACCUCGCAUGUCAUCGAAGAAUUCACACCGGAGAGAAACCUUACAAAUGCACUGAGUGUGGCAAGGUCUUCAGUCGCAAUUCACACCUUGUACGUCAUCACAGAAUUCAUACUGGAGAGAAACCUUACCACUGCAAUGAGUGUGGCAAAGCCUUUAGUGAGUGUUCAAGCCUUACUAACCAUCAGGUAAUCCAUACUGGAGAGAAACCUUACAAGUGCAACGAAUGUUGUAAGGUCUUCAGUCAGAGUUCAGGCCUUGCAAGCCAUCGCAGAAUUCAUACUGGAGAGAAACCUUACAAAUGUAAUGAGUGUGGCAAAGCCUUUACGUAUAGCUCACAACUCACUAACCACCAGGUAAUCCAUACUGGUGUGAAGCCUUACAAAUGUACCGAGUGUGGCAAAGCCUUUAAUCAGAGCUCUCAUCUCACUAGACAUCAAAUAAUCCACACAGGGGAGAAACAUUAUAAGUGUGACGAAUGUGGGAAGGUCUUCAGUUACGACUCACACCUUGCACGUCAUCGCAGGAUUCAUUCCGGAGAGAAGCCUUACCAGUGUAGCGAGUGUGGCAGAGCCUUUAGUAUGUACUCAAGCCUUACUUACCACCAGGUAAUCCAUACUAGAGAGAAACCUUACAAAUGUAAUGAAUGCGGCAAGGUCUUCAGUCAGAGUUCGAGCCUUCCUAGUCAUCGGAGAAUUCAUACUGGCGAAAAACCAUACACAUGUACCCAGUGUGGCCGAUCUUUUAUUCAGCGCUCAAACCUCACUAGACAUCAGAUGAUUCAUACUGGAGAGAAACCAUAUAAAUGUAAUGUGUGUGGGAAGGUCUUCAGUCAAAAUUCGAGCCUUGUGAGUCAUCAGAGAAUUCAUACUGGGGAUUACAAAGGUAGUGAGUGUGACAAAGCCUUUAUGGUCAGGUUCAAGCAUGAAUUGGCCUUAGAGAGUCCACACGAAAGAGAAGUCAUAGAAAUGCAGCGUAUGGGGCAGAAGACUUACACAGGCUUCCCAGCUCCCUAGACAUCGGGAUACCCAUCUCUGAUGAACCCACAUUAAGAUAAGUGCACGCUAAGGCUUUUGCCUGUGGAUCGAAGCUACAGAACAUCACAGGCCUCAUACUGGAGAGCACCCUUGCAAGUGCAAUGAAUCUCAAGGCUUUCUGUCCAACAUCCAUGCCUUUGGUGUCCUGACCGUAUUUAUAGCAAAGAGAAACCUGCAGAUUUACUGAACAUCUAA